AUGACGAAUUUUCCAGUGCUUGCUAAAAUCAACGACAUCAAAGAUCACCGUUUCGAGAAACCAGUGAAGAAAAUUCAUGAUGGACCGGAUGUUUCCUCUUUCUUAACGUCUCUGGCAUACCGAGAUAUCAUGAUAUUCAUGCUGCAAUUGAACCGAUCGGUGCUGCCACGAAAGGCUGAGGUUGACGGAUCAACCACGACUCUGACCUGGACACUAGAUUCAAAAGACAUUGUUUAUUCGGACUCGGUGCGGAGACUACGCGACCUAUUGAACAAACUGACGAGGCUGAUCGAUGAUGUUCCCCCGGAUACGGGUCCCAGAAGAUUCGGCAAUGUCAGCUUUCGACAGUGGUACAAGCUUGUCGAGGCCCAAAUCGACGAGCUACUGACAGAGUAUCUUCCCGAGCCACUGGGUGUGGCACAUGAAGAAAUAGGAGUGUAUCUGGUAGGCAGCUUUGGCAGUGCACAGCGGUUGGACUAUGGAACGGGUCACGAGCUCAGUUUCCUCGCCUUUCUGGCUUGCUUGUGGAAGUUGAACUUUUUCCCUCAGUCAGAACCGGGUGUAGAAGAAAGAAGCAUUGUUUUGGGUGUCUUUGAGCCGUAUCUGUUCCUCGUUAGGAAAUUAAUCAAGACAUACACUUUGGAACCUGCAGGAUCGCAUGGCGUCUGGGGCCUUGAUGACAAUUCCUUCUUGCCAUACAUUUUUGGCUCCGCUCAAUUGGCUCCUGCUAUCACAGAAACUGACGACACCCCUACGGAGGGCUCACUUCCUGGCGCACCGGAGGUAUCAUCGAUAAGCAAGUUGAAUUUGGUCGAGAAGGAGAGGGAUAAAAACAUGUACUUCUCGGCUAUUGCGUUCAUUUACGACGUGAAAAAAGGACCAUUCUGGGAGCACAGUCCCAUGCUCUUCGACAUAUCCGGUAUCAAGGAUGGUUGGGGGAAGAUCAACAAGGGAAUGAUCAAGAUGUAUAAUGCAGAGGUCCUAUCAAAGUUUCCCGUUGUUCAGCACUUCCCUUUUGGAUCACUUCUCAAGUGGGAAAAGGAUCCAGAAGCUAAACCCCCACUGCCAACGACACAUGCCGCCAGUCAACCACUCCGAAAUCCAAUGGACAGCCAUGCCCCAAGCACAAUGAGACUGGGGAUUCCACAAAUGGGUGCUGGAACUGCAGCACCUUGGGCGGGUAAACCUUCCCAGCCACCCUUGGGUUUUGUCGAUGGGGCCACACAGGCGCCAUGGGCAAGCAGGACGCCAGCACCACCUCCACCGCGAGGUGGGUUUGCUGCGGCCCAGAGAAGACCGAUGCCACCACCUGACGAGGCCGCUAGCAAAUCAAAUCAAAAUCCGGGGGCUGGACGGGAAUAG